AUGGUCGAUAUGCGUAAAUUGUUAGCUCCUUUAGGAGCUGCAGAAAAUAAACUAUCUGGUAUAAUCCCUGCCUCCAUCUUUAAUAGUUCAGCCAUUACUGUCAUUUCAGUGGGCGGCAAUUCCUUUCAUGGCAGUCUCCCAACCAACAUAGGUCUCACCCUACCAAAUCUGGAAGGAUUAUAUCUUGGGACAAACGAGUUCUACGGAAACUUUCCAACUUCAAUCACCAAUGCUUCUGGGCUCAAGAUACUUGAUCUUUCCCGUAAUAAGUUUGAAGGCCAAGUUCCAGCUAAUUUAGGAGAUCUGACAAAUCUUCAAUUACUAAAUCUUGAAGGAAACCUCUUCGGCGGUAAUUCUAACGGAGACUUGGACUUUAUUGCAUCAUUGACCAACUGCAGUGAUCUAAGCGUUUUUUCAUUGAGUACCAAUAAUUUUGGAGGUAAUAUACCUAGAGUCAUGGCCAAUCUAUCAAAUCAACUAACAAGAUUAUACCUGGGAGGAAACCAACUGUCAGGAACCAUUCCACAAGGAUUUGGAAACUUUGUCAACCUAAUUCAACUUAGCCUUGAAGAAAACUAUCUUUCAGGGGUCAUUCCAAGAGAUUUUGGCAAAUUACAAAAUUUGCAAUUUCUAAGUCUAAGCCAAAAUGAGUUGUCAGGACAGAUAGUCUCUACUCUAUGCAACGCCACCGGUCUAUCCAAGCUGGAUUUAUCAACCAACCAGUUUGAAGGGGGCAAUAUACUUGACAAUGUUCUUAUAAACUGUCAAAAUUUGCAAUAUCUUGAUAUAUCUCAAAACAACUUCACUGGAAUUAUAUCACGACAUUUUUGGCAAACGCACUUAUCAUUGAUUUACAUGAAAAUAGGUGAAAAUUCGUUUAGUGGUUCUCUGCCUCCAGAAGUUGGAAAGCUUAUACAUUUGGUGGAUUUCAAUGUUUCCCACAACCAACUUGCUGGAGGUAUACCCAUAUCACUUGCUGACUGUUCAGAUCUGGAGAAUCUUUAUAUGCAAUCCAAUUUUUUCCAAGGAACAAUUCCACCAAAUUUGGCUUCUUUGAAGAGCAUCCAGCAAGUAGACCUUUCAAGUAAUAACUUGACUGGUCCAAUACCAAAAGAACUUGAGAAGCUUCAGUUUUUGCGCUACUUAAAUCUUUCCUACAACGACAUCGAGGGUGAGGUACCGAACACUGGAGUUUUCAGCAAUGUGAGUCAGAUAUCACUGAUUGGCAACAACAAACUCUGUGGAGGCAUUCCAGAAUUGGAGUUCCCACCUUGCCCAGUUAUCAGAGGGAAAAACAGAGGAAAACUGAAAGUUAUCAUAUUGCUGUCCAUUGUUUUACCGGCAACGCUUCUGAUUCUUGGUGCAUUGUUGUUAUAUUUCUUGGUAUAUCGAAAAAGAGAAAGAAGACUGGUGGCUGGAUUCUCUAGCAUGCCUACAAGAGUCGAUAAGCUCUUACGGUUUUCUUACCAUGAACUUCUUCGUGCAACUUCUGGAUUUUCUCCAGAAAACUUAAUUGGUUCAGGAAAUUUUGGAGCCGUCUACAAAGGAAGACUAGAAAAACAUGGCAAUAUGCUUCUAGCAGUCAAAGUUCUUGACCUUCAAAAGAAUGGAGCUUCUAAAAGUUUUAAGGCCGAAUGCAAAGCAUUGAGAAAUAUUCGCCAUAGAAACCUCGUUUCUAUCGUGAGUUAUUGCUCCAGUAUUGAUUCCAAGGGUGAUGAAUUCAAAGCUCUAGUCUAUGAGUUCAUGGAAAAUGGAAAUCUGGACCUGUGGCUGCAUCCUUCAGAGACAACUGAUCAGGCAACAAGCUCAAGAAGUCUUAAUCUUCUUCAGAAGCUAAAUAUUGCAAUUGAUGUGGCUUCAGCAUUGCAAUAUCUUCACGACCACUGCGAAGCUGAGAUUGUUCACUGUGAUCUAAAACCAAGUAACAUUCUUCUUGACAAUGAUCUUGUUGCUCAUGUGGGUGAUUUUGGAUUGGCAAGGCUUCUCCCAAAACCCAUCAACACUUCUUCCGAGCAAAGAACCAGCAGUACCAUUGCCAUAAAAGGAUCAAUCGGUUAUGCAGCCCCAGAGUAUGGAAUGGGUCUUGCGGCAUCAACUCAGGGGGAUGUCUACAGUUACGGCAUUCUUUUGCUAGAGAUGAUUACAGGAAGGAGGCCAACAGAUGAUAUAUUCGUGGGUGACCUUGAUCUACAUAACUAUGUUAAUGGGGCUUUGCAUGAACGAGUUCCUGAGAUCGUGGGUCCGUUGCUUCUUUCUGAAGGAAGAGAUGAAAAUAGUAGAAUUACUCAUGGAGAGGAAACUAUUAAUGGUGGAAGAGAGAUUGAUUGCAUUAUUUCCCUGCUGAAAAUUGGACUUAAAUGCUCUGCAAGAUUACCAAAUGACAGGAUGCAUAUGAAUGAAGUUGUCAGAAAAUUACAUCUCAUUAAAGAUGUUUUCCUUGGUGUCAGGCUGCUUACAUGUCUGAAUCUCCAAGCUGAAGUUGUUAAUGGGCUCAUUGAAGUUCCCAAUACCAUGUGGGGAUUUCGCUCAUCAUCAACAUUAGCAAACAUAUUUCUCCUUCUCUUAGUUGCCAUGAACCUUUCAGUAAGCCAUGUUUCAGCUUCUAAACAAUUUCAAAAUGAGACUGAUCGUCUUGCUCUACUUGAAUUCAAGAAGCAGAUAUAUGAUGACCCGUUUGGAGUGCUGAAAUCCUGGAACCAUUCACAACACCAUUGCCAGUGGGAAGGAGUCGCAUGCAGUGCCCGACAUCAAAGGGUCAUGGCCUUGACUCUAAGGGAUAAGCAGUUGUCUGGAACCAUAUCUCCUCAUGUCGGAAAUCUAAGCUUCAUGCGGUUCAUCCAACUUGGGGAGAAUCAAUUCCACGGUGAGAUUCCCCAAGAAUUCGGUCGCCUCUUCAGGCUGAGAUUCUUGAACCUGUCAAUUAACGCACUCAGUGGAAAAAUCCCAGCACACCUGAGCUACUGCUCAGAGAUGAUAGGUAUUAGCCUAACGAGCAACAAGCUAGAAGGGAAAAUUCCGAUUGAUCAGCUGAGCAAUUUGAAGAAGCUUGAAACUUUUUAUCUUAACACAAACAAUUUGACAGGAGAGAUUUCCUCCUCAAUUGGGAACUUAUCAUCAUUGAUCCGGGUCGGAUUCCAGUUCAACAAUCUGGAGGGAAAUUUGCCCAUGGAAAUGGGGCUCUUAAAAAGGUUAUCUAUAUUUUCAGCAGCAGAAAAUAAACUAUCUGGUAUAAUCCCGGCCUCCAUCUUUAAUAGUUCAGCCAUUACUGUCAUUUCAGUGGCCAGCAAUUCCUUUCAUGGCAAUCUCCCAACCAACAUAGGUCUCACCUUACCAAAUCUGGAAGCAUUAGGUAUUGGGGUAAACAAGUUCCAUGGAAACUUUCCAAUUUCAAUCACAAAUGCUUCUCGGCUUGAGGUACUCGAUCUUUCCCAGAAUAAAGUUGCAGGCCAGGUUCCAGCUAAUUUAGGAGAUUUGACAAAUCUUCAAAGAUUAAAUCUUGAAAGAAACUUCUUCGGCGGUAAUUCAACUGGAGACUUAGAUUUUAUUGCAUCAUUGACCAACUGCAGUGAUCUAAGCGUUUUUUCAUUGAGUACCAAUAAUUUUGGAGGUAAUAUACCUAAAGUCAUGGCCAAUCUCUCAAAUCAACUCACUGAAUUGUACUUGGGGGGAAAUCGACUGUCAGGAACUAUUCCAGAAGGAUUUGGAAACUUUGUCAACCUCUAUGCCCUUAGCCUUGAAGCAAACUAUCUUUCAGGGGUCAUUCCGAGAGAUUUUGACAAAUUACCAAACUUGCAACAUCUGCGUUUUGACAGUAAUCAAUUUUCAGGACACAUACUAUCUACCCUAUGUAACGCCACCGGUCUAUAUGAGCUGGAUUUGUCGACCAACCAAUUUGAAGGGGGCAAUAUAUUUGACAAUGUUCUUAUGAACUGUCAAAAUUUGCAAUAUCUAGAUAUAUCUCAAAACAACUUCACCGGAAUUAUAUCACCACAUUUUCUGCAGACGCACUCAUCACUGAUUUACAUGAAAAUAGGUGAAAAUUCUUUUACUGGUUCUCUGCCUCCUGAAGUUGGAAAGCUUAUACAUUUGGUGGAUUUCAAUGUUUCCCACAACCACCUUGUUGGAGAUAUACCCAUAUCACUUACUGAUUGUUCAAAUCUGGAGAAUCUUUUUAUGCAAGCCAAUUUUUUCCAAGGAACAAUUCCACCAAAUUUGGCUUCUUGGAAGAGCAUCCGGCAAUUAGACCUUUCAAGUAAUAACUUGAGUGGACCAAUACCCAAAGAACUUGAAAAGCUUCAAAUUGGAGUUCCCACCUUGUCCAGUGAUUAA